CUUUAGUGCUUCUGCACACAGCAAAGAAGCAACUGCCAAUAUUUGGGAGAAGAAAAAGCAAGGAUAAGUGGCUUUGGAUCUAAUCACAGUUAGCUAGGAGGAUCAAGACAGUAUAAUUUAGAUUUAGUGAAAAUAUAUUUCGCACCAAAAAGAACAGUUGGUAUUAUCAACUAAAAGGCCUUCAGUAAAUUCCAUGGAACAAACAAUGUCUACCUGAGGUCUUGUGGAGAUCAUUAACCUGGAUGGCACUUUGCACGAUACGUAAGGCAAUUCCUCUUCCAAUUUCAAAAACUUACUCACAAAAUCAUGUCUUCUCAUUUAUAAGCCAGCCACCUUUGAAUGAUGACACUGAAAUUAGGGAGUCCAAAGUAAUUUGCCACAGGAAAGUCAAGAAUAGGAUAACAUUUUAAUUUGACGGGUUUUGAAAUUGUUAAUAAGUCAUUAGGUUAAUGGGCACAGGGAAUCCUUUUCAAAUAUCAGAAGAACAUAUAUAACUAAGAAUCUUCCUCUGACACCCAUUGAAUUUCCGGUUCUUUCUCACUGUUUUGCCUCAACACAAGCAGGUAGUAUGAUAUGAUCCUUCUGGAUGGCUGAGGGACCUUUUAGAGGUACAGAAAGGUAAGACAUUCUGCCAUUUGGAAGUUGGUUGAUAGAGAAUAGAAUCUGAUUUUGUCAGAAAGGCUUACAUGGGGGAAGAUAUUGUUUUUAAUUAGGUAGAAAUUCAUCAGUACCUCUGAAAGAACUAAGCAUUGUGUUCAAAAGCCUGAAUGACUGCUGCUAUAGCUGAGUAUAGCCGACUGAUGCUGUAGUCAGCUAUAUGCUUACCUGUUCACAAUGGUGGUUAAAGCAUGCAAUCUUGGCAUAGUAUGGCAAACUUAGUAAGAAGGUGCCAUUCCACUAAGCUAAGUGGGAUAAGAUUUGUGGUCUACCAUAUUUGUGGUCUUGUGCUAUGAUGCAAGAUUCCUACCGGGGCUUGUCCUAGCAAGAUAGUUCAGGUUUUAUUGUGUUCGCAUCUCCAGCAAAGUACAAGACCCCCACUGUAUAACCCAGUCAUAAUGUUUCAAUUUUUGCAUGGUUACUGAUAUCUCUGCAGUGGAGGCUCAGAAAUUCAAGCUUCUGGCUUUUAUAGUUGAAGGAUGAGACGCCCAGGAUUUCUUCUCAUCCUGCAGUGUUUGAAGUGAUCUGUAAGGGUUAAAUUUGCCAAUGUAACUGGAUGGGUUGAGUGAAGAUGAUGCUAUUACGGAAUGUAGAAUAACAGAGUUGGGAUCUUGGAGGUCUUCUGGUCCAGCGUCCUGCUCAAGCAGGUGGCCCUAUACCAUUUGAGACAAAUGGCUGUCCAAUCUCUUCUUAAAAGCCUCCAGUGAUGGAGGACCCACAAUUUCUCAAGCUAGGCAGUUGCACUGAUUGACUGUUCUGACUGAUCAAAUCAAAUGACACAACUUUUAUGGUUCUUUAAGUAAAGGGCACCCAAACAGACAACAAGCACGUGAGUAGGAUGCAAGAAAAGCUCCCUGUAGCAAGAAAUAGUAUGAAAUAUUUCUCCAUUCUCAGCCACCUAGGUUUAAUCAUUGCAAUUUCUAGUUUCUGCAAAUUUUAGUCCCACUUUAGGCAUAAAAGCCAGCUGGGUGACUUUGGACCAUUCCCUUUCUCUCAGCCGAACUCACCUCACAGGAUUGGCGUUGUGGGGAAAAUAGAAAGAAGGAGUAUUAGAUAUGUUUGUUGGCUUGAGUUAUUUGUAAAAAAAAAUAAAAAUAAAAUAAAGGCAGGAUAUAAAUACAUAAAUACAUAAUCUCAUGAAAAAUGAUUUAGAAAUUCCUUUGGCAUAGUGAUUUUACAUGAAGCAAAACUAUCAUUUGCUUAAUUUUUGUAUUAAAUCUCAUCUAGUAGCUAAUAUAUUAUUUCCAAAUGUUCUCUACAUACAAUUUUGUUAAAAGAACUUGUUUCCCAGAAAGAUUCCUGAUUAAAGGAACCCCUAAAGGUCUGCAACAAAUUGUCAUGACUAUUUAAGCUUGGUUACUGCCUGCAACAGUCUUCUAUGGGUAUCCUAUUUUUUAAAAAGCAUUGUCUCGUUUCAAAAGAAUCUCACUACCUUUCAACAACUUCUUUUAUCCUACAGGUAGUAAGCCAGAUGGGAGCUGAGAACUUCACCUCUGUUAAAGAAUUCAUGUUGGUGGGACUCACAAGUCAUCGAGGGACCCAGCUUCUGCUCUUUGGGGUGCUCCUUGUCAUCUACUUGCUUAUCCUUUUUGGCAACCUGCUGAUCAUCACAUUGGUGUGGGCUGAUUCCCAGCUACAUACUCCCAUGUAUUAUUUUCUUAGCAAUCUUGCUGCAAUGGAAAUUGGGUUGGUCACCAGCACGCUGCCUCAGAUGUUGGCUCAUCUGGUCACUGGGAAUGGCAUUCUCUCCUUAACACGUUGCAUGCUGCAAGGUUAUAUUGCAUUGAACAUAGGCAGUGCUGAAAGUUUGCUAUUAGGUGUCAUGGCCUAUGACCGUUACUUGGCCAUCUGCUCUCCCUUAUUAUAUGCUACAGCCAUGAGCAAGUUGCACCAGGUCCUGCUUGUCAGCACAUGUUGGAUAAUUGGCUUUGCAUUUUCCAUGGUUUAUGCUGUCAGUACUUUUCGUCAUUCCUUCUGUGGUUCUAAUCUCAUUAAUCACUUCACGUGUGAGCUGCCUAUUGUGCUGAAACUUGCAUGUGGUGACAUAAAAAUGACUAAAGUAAUUGUCUCUGGUCUAUCAGCAUUCAUGGUCUUCAUUCCCCUUUCAAUCAUCUUGUCUUCCUAUGGAUUCAUUCUGCAUUCUGUAUUACACAUGAGGUCAAGUGCAGGAAGGAGUAAGGCCUUCUCCACUUGUGGGUCCCACCUCACUGUAGUCACCUUGUUCUAUGGCACCGUUAUUUCUAUGUACAUUAUCCCCCACCCAGAUUCAGGUCCUUCUCACAAUAAGGAAAUGACUGUCUGUUACCUAGUAGUUACUCCCUUGCUUAACCCUGUCAUUUAUACCUUGCGGAACAAGGAGAUUCAUUCAGCAGUGAUCAAGAUGGUGAGAAGAUGGGGCUUUGAACAAUGAACAUGACCACUGACAUCUUGCUGGAUUGAUAUUUUGUGAUGUUUUCUUGAAGAAGAGGGAGGCUGACUAUAAAAAUAAUACCACCCUAUUUUAACAUUCCCAAUCUUUUUAGAGAUGAUAAGGUGGAAAAGCAGGCUGGACUGUAGAAAUGACCUUGAAGAAAAUAUGUGGCACUUAUCAGCAAAACAUGAACAGAUCCCAGGAAAACAGGAAUAUGUGAGGAAAGGAACUCAAGAUUGGUCCAUAGUAAUACUUUUUGGUGUAAGAGAAAGAAAAGGGAAAUGCUGUCAUGUUUUCAAGGUAUAAACACCCUGUAUCAAUAAAGUAGAAUUCUAAUAUUUCUUGUAAACUCUUUUCCUUCACUUGGUCUACUGACAAAGAGAUGUGACAAGAUUGUUUUUGUGCUUUUGAGUAAGUCUUGAUUCCUGGUGACUACAUGAACAAGUCCAUGCAGUUUUCCUAGCAAUAUUUUUCAUCAAUGAUUGUCAUUGCCUUUUUCCUAGGACUGAGAGAGAGUAACUGCUCCAAGUCAUCCAGCUGGCUUCAUGCUGAAGGCUGAACUAGAACUCACAGUUUCCCAGUUUCUAGCCUGAUGCCUUAACCAAUACACCUAACUGGUUCUUGGUGAAAUGAUACAUUUCUCCAUUGUUGUUCUUGUUGUUAAUUGCAAAGUCGUGUCUGACCCAUCGCGACCCCAUGGACAACGUUCUUCCAGGUCUUCCUGUCCUCUACUAUCUUCUGGAGUCCAUUUAAGUUCACACC